CCAAUUCGUCACUUUGUCACUCUGUCUCUUUCCUUUCUUCUCUAUUUUUAUUUUUGUUUGUACUAUUCUGCUUCUACCACAUCUCAACUCUCCCCUCCAUUUCUCUUUCACAUUCCACAUAUUCUUGUCAAUUUUCUGUUCGCAUUUCGCAUUUACGAAGAUGUUGCAAGAUAUGUGGAACGCACCCCCAGGUUUCAGGCCCACUAAAUCGGCCCCAUCUUCUCCGGCCAAGCCACUUGGAGUCUCAAGAACUCGUUCCGAAUCGUUUCACGUUGCCCAUAAAGUCCCCGUUGGUGACAGCCCUUAUGUCAAAGCCAAAAAUGUUCAAUUGGUUGAAAAGGAUCCGGAAAGGGCAAUCCCAUUGUUUUGGGCAGCGAUAAACGCAGGAGAUAGAGUGGAUAGUGCUCUCAAAGAUAUGGCAAUAGUAAUGAAGCAACAAAAUAGGGCUGAAGAAGCCAUUGAAGCUGUUAAAUCUUUGAGAAGUAGGUGUUCAGAUCAAGCACAGGAAGCUCUUGACAACAUCCUGUUAGAUCUAUAUAAGAGAUGUGGAAGAUUGGAUGACCAAAUAGUUUUGCUGAGGCACAAAUUGUUUUUGAUACAACAAGGUUUGGCCUUUAAUGGAAAGCGCACGAAAACAGCGAGAUCCCAGGGGAAGAAGUUUCAGGUUUCUGUGGAGCAAGAAGCAACUAGAUUACUGGGGAACUUAGGAUGGGCGUUGAUGCAGCAAAAUAACUACAUUGAAGCGGAGGAUGCUUAUCGUAGGGCACUAGUGAUUGCACCAGACAAUAACAAGAUGUGCAAUUUGGGUAUUUGCUUGAUGAAACAAGGGAGAGUUGGUGAGGCGAAAGAGACACUUCGGAGAGUUAAACCAGCGGUGGUAGACGGCCCCAGAGGUGUAGAUUCACAUCUCAAGGCCUACGAGAGAGCACAGCAGAUGCUCGGGGACCUCGAGUCUGAGAUGAUGAAUAAAGGUGGUGAUAGAAUUGAACAAAGCAAGCUGUUUGAUGCCUUCUUGGGCUCUUCUGCUAUCUGGCAGCCUCAGCCUUGCAAGGAACAUAAUACUAGUCAAGCCAGCACUUUGAGUAAACCUAUCAAGUCAAGCCAGCCUCAGCCUCAAGAUGAAUUUGCUAAUGAGAACAUCAAUUCUACUAACAUCAUCAGAAACCAGACAGUACCUUCUCUGCAGAAGAGUAUGAUGCCAAAUAUUUCAUACGGGAACCUACUCAAUAUCGAUGCUCCACCAUUUUAUUCGUCCAAGACAGCAAAUGCCCCGUUACCAGAAAGUCUUAAAAGAACAAGGUCUGUAAAUGCAGAUCACUUAAUGAGAAAAGAGUCUCAGGGAACAAUCAUUGAACCGGAAAAUAAGAUGAGAAAGCAGUCAAUUUCACCAGAGAAAACAGAGGAUAGAUGGGCCGGGUUGCUGCCAGAUAGCAAAGAUUUUGAAGAUGCUAUAAUUGCUGCUGCUUUGGGCUCAACCCAGGAAACAUUCAAGCUGGGAGAAAGCAAAGAUACUGGAAUUCUUCUGCCAAGGAAAGUUGACAAACGAUUGAGGGUUUUUCAAGACAUUACCUUGUCCAUGAGUCCACGAGCACGAGCCUGACUAACUUUAUUUAUUUAACUAUGAUUAGUAUAAUUGCAUUUUAAAAUUAUGUUAACCUCAUUGAUUUUAACCAUCAUCGGAGAUAAACUUGUUCUCCCUUACCUCCAGACUUCCUCAAGGAGGUCGUAUGUAUGUGGUAACACCCUAAUGUCCUUAGGUGGCGGCUAAUUAUUGAUAUUGUUGGUCCUUUGGCAAUUAAUCUUCAAUAAAAAGUUGUUUCUUCUUUCUCAUGGAA